UUGAAUUAAUUCUAGACAAAUGGAGAGCAAGGAAUUGAGAAAAAUGGGGAUUAAGAAGAAGUCUGAAUCUGUUAGAGUCGUUAUUAGAUGUAGACCUCUUAGUAAGAAGGAGGUAGCAGAAGGCAGAGAAAAGGUAGUUAAUAUGGAUUAUGCUAAUGGAGAGAUCUUAGUCCAAAAAUCUGUUGAUGAAGUUCCGAAAAGAUUUACAUUCGAUUGUGUCUACGACGAAAAUACUCUUCAAAAAGAUAUCUUUGAUGAAACAGCUUUUCCUAUUAUUGAAAAUAUUCUCGAAGGAUAUAAUGGAACUAUUUUCGCUUAUGGGCAGACUGGAACCGGGAAAACUCAUACAAUGGCAGGUGUUUUAGACAGUGAUGAACAUAAAGGAAUUACCCCUAGAGCAUUUGAGACUAUUUUCAAAUCUAUCAACAUUGAUGAGACAAAGCAAUACCUCGUAAGAGCUUCUUACCUAGAAAUUUAUAAGGAAGAAGUGCUUGAUUUGCUCAAUAAAGGAGGAGUUCAAAAGCUUGAGCUCAAGGAAAAGCCUGGCUCUGGAGUUUAUGUAAAAGAUCUCUCUACAGCUUUGGUGGAAACCCCAGAAAAAUUGAUGGAGAUCAUGGUAAGAGGUAACAAGAAUAGGCAUGUUGGUCAGACUAAAAUGAACCACGAGUCAUCUAGAUCUCACUCAAUUUUCACAGUCACGAUUGAAUGCGGUGAAGUAGGUGCUGAUGGUAAAGCUCAUAUCAAAGUUGGUAAAUUAAACAUGGUCGAUCUUGCUGGGUCUGAGAAGCAAAGUAAGACUCAAGCUGAAGGUGUUAGACUUGAAGAGGCUAUCAAGAUCAAUCUUUCCCUAACCACCCUAUGCCAUGUAAUCUCCUCUCUUGUUGAUGGAAAAAGUCAAUAUGUCCCAUACAGAGACUCUAAACUAACUCGUCUCUUACAGGAUUCCUUAGGAGGAAAUACAAAGACUGUGAUGAUUGCUAACAUCGGCCCUGCUGAUUACAACAUGGAUGAAACCUUGUCGACCUUGAGGUAUGCAUCCAGAGCAAAGCAUAUUCAGAACAAGCCUAGGAUUAAUGAAGACCCCAAAGAUGCAAUGCUCAGAGAAUUCCAAGAAGAAAUUCAGAGACUUCGUGAACAACUUGAAAUGGCUGGAGGUGGAAAGUUCAAUCCUAACGGAACACCAGGUCCUGGAGGAGUUGUAGAGGUUGAAAAGGUCGUCUAUGAGGCUGACAAGAAACAAAUGGCGAAACUUGAAAAGAAGAUAGAGAAAGAAAAAGCUCUAAUCAAGGCUAAAGCUGAUGAACAAAGAAAGAAAAUUAUCGAGCAAAAGAACAUCGCAGAAGAGGAAAGACAAAAGUUGUUAGACGACCUUAAGAAGAAGGAACAGGAUCAAGAAAAAUCGAAGACUAAGCAGCAGAAGCUCCUCAAACGCCUCAAAAAUAUGGAAGAGAAAGUGCUCAUAGGAAAUGAAGUCAUGAACAAAGCCAUGAAGCAAGAAAUUGAGCUUCAAAAAACUAAAGCCGAUGUUGAAGAGAGGAGAAGAGAGCAGCUUAGAAUCAAACAGGAACUCCAAGAAGCUGAGGACAAGAAAAUCAACCUCCAAAAAGAGUACAAAAACCAGCAGGAAGAGCUUGUUGGUAAGAAAGCAGAAUACCAGAAAAUCUGGACUAAGUACAGAGGAGCCCUAGAUGAGAAGAAUGACCUUGAGAUUGAUAUUCAGAGAGAAAGAGAAAGCUUAAUGAUGCGUAUCAGAGAACUUACUAAUGAUAUAAGACUAAAACAUCUUAUUAUUGAUAAUUAUAUGCCUGCCUCAGAGUAUGUAAAGAUCGAACGUAGAGCAGAAUGGAACGAAGAGCUCAAAGAAUGGCAGAUCCCCAAUCUUGAGUAUACAGGAAACAACAUUAAGAAGAAUAAGAAAGCUCAGAAAGAAGGAAAGAAGAUCGGAGACGUAGAGUCAAACUUCCUUUAUGAACAUAUUCUCAACUUUGAAGAUGACUCUGAGGAAGAAGAUUACAAAGAAGCUGCAACACAAAGAGUAAAGAACAUGAUAAGCAAUAUUCUUGUAGAAGAAGGCGAAGAAGAACAGUUAGAGGCUCCGGCUCCUGAACAACAGCAAGCUAUCUAUUAUAAAUAUACUGAAAAUGGAGCUGAAAGAGAAGAUCCUGAAAAGAGUAAGAAAAAGAAAGAUAAAAAGAAGAAAGGACUGCAAAGUGGUAAGAGACCUAUUACAGCCAAAAAGAUGAAGAAAGGGGAUAUUGUUUCAAUGGUCGAGACAAUGACAAAUGCUCAAAGUGUCAACAAAAUUGAGAGUAAGAAAGGAGCAAAAGCAAAGCACUUCCCAAAAGCAAAAGGACUUGGUCCUUAA